CCACCAGCGGUAGCCAUCGACGUUCAGUCAGCUCGUCAACACAACCGCACAGUCAACCAUCGUACAAAGAUGAAGGUAUUCAUCAGCAUCGUCCUCUUCGCUGCGGUGGUUUUCGCCGAGCCGCCAAGGUAUCGCCAGCAAUAUCAGCAACAGUACUAUAUUGCCCGGCAGCAGGAGGAGGCCGCGCCUUAUCCAGCUUCCGGCUGGAAACCAGCGGGACCAACUUUUAAUCUUCCCCAAAGACAACCUCAACAGCAGCAAUACGGGGCGCCGGAUGCGCCUCAGCAGCAGUACGGAGCGCCGGACGCGUCUCGGAAACAAUAUGAAGCACCAAGUGCACCUCGCCAACAAUACGAAACGCCGGAUGCGCCUCAGAAACAAUACGAAGGACCAAGUGCGCCUCGGCAACAAUACGGGGCGCCGACGGAUCCCCGACGAGAGUACGGAAAACCGGAAGAAUCCACGACCACGGAGACGUCUAGCACCACCGAAGAGGAAGAGGUGUCCACCGUUCAAGGCAUCACUGAAUCCGAGUCCGAGCCCGUGAACGCGGUGAACGAGCUCGAGGACGAGGACGUGGACGAGAAGCAGCCCCAGCAAUCCGGAGAGUACUACGUGGCCCUUCCGGACGGGCGUCUUCAACGCGUGCGAUACAUCAGCCGGCAGAACGUCGAGGCCAUGAAGUACUUCGCCAAGAUCCGCGCCGAGAACGUGGAGCCUCUUCGCGGGCCGAUCUACGCGUACGCGCCCCUGCAGAAGCUACAGAUCGUGCCGGCCGGCUUCCAAGUGUCAGUCGCCCAGGUCGCCCCGAUCGCACCUGCGGACCAACCUGCGAGCAGGCCGCAGAAACUCGAGACGAUCGAACCCGUGGCCGCGCAGGUGCAAUACCAGUACGACAACAACCCCGCGAACGUGGUGGUGCCUCUGACCAACCCUCUGAGCUCCUACACCACCUACACUAACAACUAUCAAGCACCGGCAGCCAAUGGCGAAUCCAGGUUCCUCCUCACCUUUCAGUGAACCGGUCUCCAACUCGAUGAUAUCCUGAUCCCUUGUAUAUUGCGUUCUACAUGUUAAGGUUGUUUAAUGUACUCGCAAUUUGAUUAAGCUGACCAAGUAAUAAAGCAGAUUGUCUAAUGCAA